GAUAUGUGGGUGUUUGGUUUUCCCACCAAAAGCCAAAGAGAAUUAACUCCACAAGAUAUUUAGAUAACAGAACACUUGUUAUUCUUCCAUAGAUAACACACAACACAAGCACCAAUGUUGCAGUUUCAGUGCCACCACCACCUCCACUUCUCAAACAACCUUCCUUUCCCACUAUCACUAACUCACCACCAUAACCAUAACCAUAAACCUUCUCUUCUCCCUUUUCUCCACAAAAAACCCACUUCCUUUUCAAUUUCAGCCAUUCCUCCUUCAACUUCAUCCGCAUUAACAUUUCUCGCAGAUAUCAUUACAACAAUCACAACUGACGGUGCAGAUGGACCCAUCGAAAUCCCAUCCCUCUCCUCUCCUUCUCUUCUCUCCACCACCGACGACCCCUCUUUCAUCCAAAUUGCUUCCAGUAUUCUCCUCACCGGUGCCAUCUCCUUCCUCCUCUUCCGCUCCUUCCGCCGCAGGGCCAAACGUCUCAAACAAACGCAAUUCAGGUCUUCAGGAGAGAAAUCAGUAAAGGAAGAAGCACUAGAGACCUUGAAAGCAAUGGGGACUGCUUCAAUACAGACUACUAAGGGUCCACCUUCACCUGUUCAAGCAUUUCUAGGGGCAAUAUCAGCCGGGGUUAUUUCUCUUAUUUUGUAUAAGUUUACCACCAUCAUCGAGGCGGGUCUCAGCCGGCAACCCCUUUCAGAGGAUUUCUCUGCUCGCCAGAUAACUAUCACAGUAAGGACGAUAAUAAACGGCUUGACCUACCUUGCAACAUUUAUUUUCGGCCUGAAUUCCGUUGGUCUAUUCCUUUAUUCUGGCCAGCUUGCCCUCAAUUCCUUUACGGGAGACGCAGCUGAAAAGGAAACUGAAAACAAAAGCCCUGAUCAGUCUAGUUUAUCGAAUGUAUCCGUUGAGACUCGCACGAACGACAUUGAAUUGAGCAGCACGAAUGAAGAGCAAAGUUCCAACGACGCGUCGUAGUUAUCACUGGAAGUAUAAUGAAGAUGAAGUUCAUGAUAGGUUAGCAAAUCUUGUCCAGUUUUAGAAUUCAUAUAGAGCCUCUUUGGAUAAACUUCACAAGAAGCACUUCUGAAAAAAUAAUUAUUCAAUAAUCUCAUAUCGACCGAGUUUUUUUUACAACGAACGGCUUCUCUUAAAUUGAAGUUAGCUUCUGCAUUACAAUAUUUUCAUAUGCACCCUCAUUUCACUUUUCUUUGAACAUCUAUACAAUGUUGUCAAUCACGGACAACAGAAAAUAGUGGUUUGUUAAAAUUUCGCUAUGCUAUAGCAUCUAUAAACGCUAUAGUCUAAUAGUAAAAUGGCGGAAGCGGUUUAUAAUUUGGGACAAAGGGAGUUGAGUUGUUAUAUUUGCAGGAUCAUAAAUGUAUGUUAACUUGAAUGGUCAUGUAAACUAAAAGCUUCUUGAUACUUGAUAUUGAACAAGUGUUUAAUGCAGUCACUAGUGUUAGUUGAA